AUGAACACCGACGGGCCUUACGACAAAGAUCAAACAACAGAAUCAACGAAUGAUGAAUGCCCCCGCGAAGACAUUGCCGCAAGUUCUCGAUUUAUGCCUCAGUCGGGGAAACCUGCGGGAAUUUAUAACACUCAGACUGAGAGCGUAGAGCGAGAAGAGACACCCCAUGAUGAACGGCGGGGUGAAGAGGUCGCUGCAAGCCAUCGCUUCAUGCCCCAGGCAGGAAAGCCUACGGGAACAUCUUCACUUUGA